UGACUUGGUUCCUGAGAUCACCUCACAGAUGACCCCUUGAACCUAAUCCUUGACUGGGGUUGGCUUUGGGGAGGAAUCAAACCCCUGUACUCCCUCUCAUUGUUUCUAUCUCAGUUAAUAGCGAGUAUACUAUCCAUCCAUUUGCAGUUGACGCUGCAUUUCCCCCUCUUUCCGUCUGCAUCUCCGUCUCCCUCCUCUGGGUCCCCCAAGAGAGUGCGAGGAUCGGUCACCCCCGGACGGCUGCGGCUUGCGACUGACACCGGUCUGCACGGCGCGGGCUGCCACUGCAGACAGCGCUCGCUCCUCCAGGCCGCAGGGGGCCGCUGUGGGGCAGAGCGGCCGCGAGUCCCAGCGUGCACCGCGCCUGCGCUGGGCCUGCAGGUCGGCGAGCAGCGGCGGGGUGGGAGGCCGCGGUCGCCGCUGCCGCUGGGAAGGUGCCGCGGGCAGCAGGGACUCCUGGCUUGGCUGUAACCCGGUCCGGGGCCAGGUGGGACCGCGAGGGCCCAUGGCCGAGCCGGCUCCGUUACCUCUGACUUUUGAGGAUGUGGCCGUUUAUUUCUCCGAGCAAGAAUGGCGGGAUCUAGAGCCAUGGCAGAAGGAGCUUUACAAGCAAGUAAUGAGAACCAAUUAUGAGAUUCUUGUUUCUCUAGAUGAUGGACUUCCCAAACCAGAACUAAUAUCCUGGCUUGAACAGGGGAGAGAACUCUUCAGGAUCUGGGGAGAAUCACAGAAAUCAGGAAACAUAAUUUGCACCUCUGCUGAUUUGCAUUUGGAUCCAGUUAUUGAGGGACAGCUGUUUGUGGGAAGCCAGCAAGCUGUGAAACCAGGAGAAGCCCACUGCCAUUUCCAAGUAGAUCCUCUUCAGAGCCAGCGUUCCUCUGAACCCUUAUUAGGAAAAAGUGAAGAUGUUUCCUUCAGGCCUGACCAAGUCGUCGCCCUCCUGAAUCCACAAAGACAUGAUACUCGGGCUCUAGUUCCAGUAGUCCACAGCUCCAGGGAACCCACCCAAAGAGACACAGUCGUAAGUCCCAGGACCCUCGGUCCCCCAGGCUUCCAGGAAACCUCUGGGGAGGGCCUCCAGCACCCUUGCCCUGUCUGUGGGGAAGGCUUUUGGAAAAACCUCUCAGAGCAGCACCAGGGGAGCCACUCGAAGGACCUGCCACACAGGGCCUGGAAUCAAUUCCGCAAACAAACCGAGGCACAACAGCCGCUGAGCAUCCCUCGGGGACAGAGGCAUUUCCGCUGUCCAGAAUGUGGGCGGGGCUUCCGCCGGAAGUCGUGUUUGCUUAGACCCCUGUCAAUCCACCCUGAGGAGAGCCAGCUGCUGGGCAGCGAGUGUGAAGUGUACGCCCACCACCUGCGCGCGGGGCCGAGGCCUUCCCAGUGCCCCGGCUGCGACGAGCGAGGCCCCCGGGGCCCUCCCGGCGCGGAGAGGCCAGGCUCCCGGAGAGAGGGUGCCGGGGCCGCCUCCGAGCAGGCUGAGCUCCCGCGCUCGGGAGAAAAGCCGGGCCUGAUGCCGGCUGGCGAGGAGCGCCCGGAGGCUCUCGAGCCCGGCCCCGGCGCGGAGAGGCCGGCCUCCUGCGGCCCGUGCGGCCGGCGCUCCUCCCCGCAGUGCGGGCUUCCAGACCACACCCACGUGCACAGCGCAGAGCGGCCCUUCCGGUGCGCCGAGUGCGGCCGGGCCUCCCGCCAGCACGGGCGGCUGCGGCUCCACCGGCGGCUGCAGUCAGAGGAGCAGCCUUUCGCGUGCCCGGAGUGCGGCCUGGGCUUCCGGCUGAGGCGGCACGGCGGCGAGAGGCAGCUCUCCUGCGGCGAGUGCGGCCGCGACUUCGCCCACCCGUGCAAGCUGCGCGAGCACCUGCGGGUUCACAGCGGAGAGCGGCCCUUCGGGUGCCCUGAGUGUGGCAAGAGCUUCCGCCUGAAGGGUAUCCUGAAGGCGCACGAGCGCACGCACAGCCGCGAGCGGCCCUUCCAGUGCGCGGAGUGCGGCAAGGGCUUCACGCGGCCAUCCAAGCUGGCCGAGCACUUCCGCGUGCACAGCGGCGAGCGGCCCUUCGGCUGCCCCGAAUGCAGCCGCCGUUUCCGUCUCAAGGGGCAGCUGCGGAGCCACCAGCGCCUGCACACGGGCGAGAGGCCCUUCCCGUGCCCCGACUGCGGCAAGAGCUACCGCGUGAAGGCCGACAUGAAGGCGCACCGGCUGCUGCACGGCGGCCGGAUGCCCUUCUCCUGCGAGUGUGGCAAAGGCUUCGCCAAGCAGUCCAAGCUCGUGGAGCACAUCAGGACGCACACAGGCGAGAAGCCCUUUCAGUGUCCCCAGUGCGACAAGAGCUUCCGCUUGAAGGCGCAGCUGCUCAGCCACCAGGGCCUGCACACCGGUGAGAGGCCUUUCCGCUGCCCCGAGUGCAAUAAAAACUUCCGGGAAAGGGGCCACAUGCUUCGGCACCAGCGCAUCCACAGUCCCGACAGGCCGUUCGCCUGUGCAGACUGCGGCAAGGGUUUCAUUUAUAAGUCGAAACUCGCCGAACACAUCAGAGUGCACACGAAGUCCUGUCGUGCCCCCAGUGAGCCUGACGUUAAGCAGAGGCUCAGCCAACUGUUUGCGAUGAUUGAGGCCGACUGGAGUUGAGGCCGAGGAGGGCGCCCAAAGCGGUCAGCAGAGUCGGUAUUGCCAGGGAGUCCACAGCCAGCGCAGCCAAACCCAAAAUCUGGUAAGACAGAUGGAAGGAACAGGGGCCCUUUUUUGAGCAAGAAUGUAAUACAGGUUAGGCAUGUGAGAAACCACAAAGAUUCUCAUUUAAAACAUCACCAGCUGUGUUUUCUAUCCAUUGAUAGAAAACAGUGGAUAGAAACAGUAGAUAGGUUUGUUCUUCCCACCAUCUUAAUGGGUCAUUUUCCCCAAUGUGCUAAUAAGCUAACUCUGAAAUCCCAGCUUGAAUUUAGACAGCAGGAAAUCCCUCCAGUACUGUUCUCAAAGCUAAAAGGAUGGGGUGACUGUUAAAUGUCAACUCUUCUUUUUUUCAUAGUAUGAUGAUAAGCAGGGGGUUUAACCCAGCGACUUUUGUUGCAGGCCUGAUAUGAUAGGAUUUGGUUUUGACUUAUUUGAAGCUAAUAGCAACAAAAUGAGUUCUCCGACUCAUGGUUUGUCUAUGUGAAUGCUGAAGUUUCACAGCAGGUUUCAUAGUGAUUAUGCAUGGUUACCCUUAAGGAAAAGCUGAUAAUUCAAGCAAAAUUUGAUUAAUGUGGGUUGAAGAAAAUAAAACCAAAGGUGCUAAGUUGUAUGGGACUAGAGUUUUGUUUUUUUAAAUUGAAGUAUAGUUGAUUUACAAUGCGUUAGUUUCAGGUGUACAGCAAAGUGAUUCAGUUAUACAUACAUAUAUACCUAUUUUAUUUUCAGAUUCUUUUCCCAUACAGGUUAUUAUAAAAUACUGAGUAUAGUUCCUUGUGCUAUACAGUAGGUCCUUGUUGAUUAUCUAUUUUAUAUAUAGUAUCCCAAACUCCUGAUUUAUCCCACCCCAUGGAGAGGGGGUAGCUAGAGUUUAGAUAAGAGAUUGGGACAGGAGGUAGAUUUGGGAGUUCCAGAACACAGGUGCUGUUUGCAGCUGAGAGAGUGAGUGAGAUUCCCAAGAGUGACUUUCUAGGCAGAUGACUAAAGUCUGAGUUAAGACAAAAUAACAAAGCUAAACAGCUUUAUUAGGGAGCCUGACAGGCAACAACGUUUCAUGUAGAGAGUUUUCAAGGAAACGUUCAAAGUAAACAUAAUACAAAUAGAAGUCGAGGAAAAUACCCCAUUUGUUACACUAGGUGAAGGCUGUGUGAGCACACAAUGUUUAUACCCCAGGGACAGAGUUGUACUCCAUCCAGAGAAUUCCUGACUUUCAGAGGGUUUAUGUUUCAUUUAAAAGAAUGGCUGACCUGAAAUUCUAGGGAUGAUAGAAAAUGAGAUGUCAGUAAACUGUAAUAGACAUUACUAUAAAGCAAUAGUUCAAGAUGAUUUUCUCUGGAACACUAGCUCCAAGUAAAUAAGUUAAACAGUUUCCCCCUACACACACACAGAGUCUAUGACUCUCAAGAGGAAGACAUAAUGUAUAGUAUAUUCUGAAUAUAUUUGACCUUGG